AUGCAAGGCCGUGAGCAAAAGCUCUCAGAGGUCCAUCAAGGCGCUUUUGGCCCCCUGGACCGUUGUUUGUACAGAUCAGGAUUUGUGAUUUCUGCUUCAUCGUUUGUAAUUGCCGUAUCUGCUGCAUUUUUACCUGACAACUUUGCAUUGAUAGAAAUUAUUGAGCAAAACCUUGAUUUGUUUUACUUGAUUGGUGCUGCUGGACUCGGCCUAUCCUUAUAUUUGAUUCACAUCUAUGUAACUGAGAUUAAACAAACCCUUCAAGCAUUGUGGGCACUUGGUGUUGUUGGGUCAUUGGCAACCUACGUAGCCCUUGCUCAACCAGCUGGGAAGAACUUGGUUCAGUAUGUUCUUGAGAACCCAACUGCUGUCUGGUUUGUUGGCCCUUUCUUUGCUGUAUUGACCGGACUUGUUUUCAAAAAGGGCCUCUGCUGUGGGAAGCUGGAAGCUAGUAUUCUUACAUUCGUUAUACCGACCGUUCUUCUUGGGCACCUUGGUUUGAUGGAUGAUGGAGUAAAACUUAAUUUACUGGGUUCCCGGAUGACUCUCUUUGUUAUAUUUGCUGGAAGGAAGUUUACUCAGCCCAUUAAGGAUGAUAUUGGUGACAAAUCUGUCUUCAUGUUCAAUUAUCUACCCGAGGAUGAUGAAAAGAAGGCCUUGAUUGAUAAACUUCAGCAACAGAAAUUACAGUCAGAAACUUUGAUAGGAGAGAAAGGAAAGACUAGCACCAGUGUUUCGGGCCAAGGUAGUGUCAUAAAUCUAGCAGGGAAAAACAGUAGCAGAAGGAUCAAGAAGGAUUAUGGCUAUAACAGAAAGCUGAAAGGUGAUCCAAUGAAAGAAGAAGCCAAGCUGGCAAAUUGA